GUAUGACGCUUGUCCGCUCGUCCUGACGGUGCUGAGCGGAAAACAAAGCGGCUGGAACAGUGCGGAACCUUAAGGAACAACAAAAAUAACUUCUUCAUCAAAACAAGAUGAAAAAGUUAUUUUUGUUUUUCCUUUCCUGUCACGUUUCAUCACCAGUCAAACACUCCCUGAAGUUCUUCUUCACUGCAUCUUCUGGACUCCCAAACUUCCCUGAGUUUGUCGGUGCUGCACUGGUCGAUGACAUUGAGGCGGGUUACUGCGACACCAACACACAGAGAGUAGAACCAAAACAGGAGUGGAUGAGAAAUUAUUUAGGGAAGGACCCUCAGCACCUGGAGGUCUACAAUGGAGAGUGUUUUGAGAAUCAACCAAACCUAUUAAAAGCCAAUAUUUAUAGUUUUAAGCAGCGCUUCAACCAAACUGGAGUCUCAGAUGUCCACAUUAUCCAGAGGCUAAGUGGCUGUGAAUGGGACGACAAAACUGGAGAAGUUAUGGGCUUUUUGCAGUUUGGCUACAAUGGAGAAGACUUCAUAUCAUUGGACCUGAAGACACGGACAUGGAUCGCUCCGAAACCACAGGCUGUCCUCACCAAACUGAGAUGGGAUGCUGACAAAGCAAAAAUAAAACGCAACGAGAACUUCUUCAUUCACAUUUGUCCUGAGUGGUUGAAGAGCUAUGUGGACUAUGGGAAGAGCUCUCUGCUGAAAACAGAGCUUCCCUCAGUGUCUCUCCUCCAGAAGACUCCCUCCUCUCCACUCAGCUGCCACGCUACAGGUUUCUACCCUGACAGAGCCGUGAUGUUCUGGAGGAAAGAUGGAGAGGAGCUUCAUGAGGACGUGGAGCACGGAGAGAUCCUCCCCAACCAUGAUGGAACCUUCCAGAUGAGUGUUGACCUGAACAUUUCAUCAGUCACACCUGAAGACUGGGGGAGGUAUGAAUGUGUGUUUCAUCUCUCUGGUGUGAAGGAGGACAUCGUCACCAAACUGGAGAAAGCAGUGAUCAGGACCAACUGGGUGAAGCCCAGUAACAUGAUCCCAACCGUCACUGCUGCAGUGGUUGUUGUUGUUUUCAUCCUCAUCUGUGUCACUGGGUUCAUGAUUUACAAAAAGAAGGAAGCCCAGUGCCCUCCAUCUCCUCCUGACGACGUCUCUGAGCUCUCUGAGAAACUGAAUCCUGAAGCCUGAUCGACAAACACAGUCAGUCGGUUCACUGCUGUGGGACAGAACAAGUCAAUGCUUUCAUGUGUGUUAUUUGUGUUUUGUGGCAAAAAAAAAGAAAACAAAAAAAACCCCUAAAAAAAAUUAAGUUCCUUCAUAUGAAGAGAAGUGAAAUUAAAAAAGAAACUUGCUUCAUAUAGAUA